CCGAAUCAACCGCACAUAUGUUUUCAAGUUAAUUCUGGUGUGGAAUGAAGCAACGAAAAAUUAUCAGCAAAACCACUCAAAUUACUUCGUCCAUCAAUGAAAUACACGGCAUUCUCUCAGAGCACGGCAGCUCAGUUGUAAUCAAGCUCUUGAGUAGGAUGGUUCAGAUAUCAGAGCAGGUUCAAAGUUUAUAACGAAAAUCUGCUCAGUCACCGCUGGGGAUUAAUCAAUUUAAUCAAUUCAUGCGCACAUACAUUUAUUGCGCGAUGUUGGAGUUCAUCAAAACAGCUUUCGUGGCCCUAGUUGCGCUGGUGAAGUUUAUGAUAUCUAAUCGACUGCUCAAGCGAUUCCCACCUCCAGUAAGACCAAUCGUUGAAGUACGCCAAGGAAAACUCCGUGGAGUGACGUCAACACUACCAAAUGGAUCCAGUUAUCACUACUUCAAAGGGAUUCCGUAUGCGAAACCACCAGUCGGUAACCUGCGCUUUCAGCCUCCCGUCCCGAUUGAUAAGUUUUACUCCACCGUGGUUGACUGUCUGCUCGAUAGAAGCAUGUGCAUUCAACCCGCUGCGGGAAGUUUUCUUAUGGGCAAGGAAGGAGGAUUGUUCCUAAAUAUUUACACACCACAGUUGCCGGGGUACGAUCAGGAGAAUCCCAAGUUGCCGGUUAUGGUUUGGAUUCAUGGAGGUGGAUUCACCGUCGGUUCUGGAGAUAGUUUUGUUUAUGAUCCGGUUUGCAUAGUCCAAGAGGGGGUGAUCGUUGUUACGAUGAAUUAUCGGCUGGGACCUUUCGGUUUUCUCAGCUUGCCCAGUGCUGGAGUUGUAGGAAACGCGGGAUUGAAGGAUCAGCUGCUGGUGUUCAGAUGGGUUAAUGAAAAUAUCACCCGUUUCGGAGGAGAUCCCGGGAACGUCACAGUUUUCGGAGAAAGUGCUGGAAGUAUGUCCGCCUAUUUGCACUAUUUGUCCUCUAAUUCUAGAAAAUACUUCCAUCGUGUAAUAUGCCAAAGCGGAGUAGCUUGUUCCGAAUCGUUCUUCCAAACAAAUGCAGCUGAUCGAGCGCGAAAGCUAGCCAAGUGCUUAGGCUACGAAGGGAAUGACGACCGACAAGUCCUGGAAACUCUCCUGCAAGCUCCGGCCAAGCUGAUAUUGAAGCAUAGAAAUGACAUAUUGACGGAUCAAGAGAAACGUCUGGCUAUGCAAAUGCUUUUCCGACCAGUGAUCGAAAAAGAAUUUACCGAAGAUAGUAUUAUUACCGAACCCCCCGAGAAAAUACUUAAAUCUUUCGAUACCCUUCGAAUGCCACUGAUCAAUGGCUGCACCAGUGGUGAAGGCCUCUUGGGGGUUCUUAUGAUAAAGGGUCGGCUAAAGGAUUUCGACCGCGAACCGGACCGACUCGUUCCUCAGUUAAUGGGAAGUCCUGCCGAGCUAGACAAGUCCGUAGUCGGCAAGGAGAUUAAGCGGUUCUAUUUCGGCGACAAAAGAAUAGAUAAAAGUACACUUAACGAGUUGAGUAAUCUUAUGUCGGAUAAUAUUUUCAUCACUAAUACAAUGGUGAGUGCCGAAUGGAUAGCAAAAUAUCAACCAAAUGUGAGGCACUAUCACUAUCGCUUCAGUUAUGAUGGGAAAUUUAGUGUUUCUAAGCGAUUGUUCAACCUAAGUCACCUAGCAGGGGCUUGUCACGGAGAUGAUAUUUUCUACUUAUUCAAAUCGAAAAUGUUACCUAGUCUACCAGAGAGCAGUGAUGAAUGUCGAGUUCGGAAUUUGUUGAUACGUUUGUGGACAAAUUUUGCCAAAUACGACGAUCCAACUCCAGAUCAAGACGAUCCGCUGGUGCUGUGCAAGUGGUCUCCGGUGGAGACUGUUGCGAGAGAUGCUGACACAUUCAAUAUUGACUGUCUGGAAAUCAAUACUCAAUCGAGAAUGAUUCGGAAUCCAUACGAGCAGCGAAUUCAGUUGUGGCGACAGUAUCUGAAAACUUAUCGUAAAGGUUUUCUGUCAUGUACGGGAAGGAAGACCUACGGUUUGGAUCCACGCAUCCGAACCGAGGGUCCUGAUCCAUACACUUGUCUGGAUCUAAACGCCAAGUCUGGGCCUGGUUUAGGUCCGGACCUGGUAAUGGGAAAAAGGAUUCAGCUGGAUCCAAGGACUGGUCCGAAUCAGGGUGCUGGUCCAGAUCCGGGUACCGGUUCAGAUCCGGGUGCUGGUCCAGAUCCAGGUACUGGUCCAGAUCCGGGUGCUGGUCCGGAUCCGGGAACUGGUCCGAAUUCGGCAAAUGGUCUGGAUCCGGGAGAACCGGGAUUUCGAAGGUCAAUGAUUGCAUUCAUCAGAGCUGUUUACCGGUUAGUAUUAGGGACCGGAAAACAUUUCGUUCAAAACCAGUUCGAUAAAUUGUGGCCCACAAAGGUACGACCGGUUGUGCAGGUUACCCAAGGUAAAGUCCGUGGCAUCACAAGAACUCUUCCGAAUGGAUCCCAGUACAGUUGCUUCAGGGGCAUUCCCUAUGCGAAGCCACCUGUCGGUGAGUUGCGAUUCAAAUCGCCGGUCGCGCUGGAAAAAUUCAAUGUCCCAAUUAUCGACUGCGCCUCGGAUGGUGAUGUGUUUAUUCAGUUCAACAUGUUCCUACCAACCGUAGUAGUCGGUUCGGAAAAAGCCCUCCACUUGAAUGUCUAUACUCCAGUGCCGGUUUCUGUGGAGAAGAACAACAAUCCACAUUUGCCAGUUAUGAUCUACAUUCAUGGUGGUGGAUACGUUUCUGGAUCCGGAAGCAGUUUUAUGUUCGAUCCUGUUCAUUUGGUGCAAGAAGGAGUAGUCGUAGUGCUGAUGAACUAUCGUCUUGGACCGUUAGGUUUUUUGAGCCUUCCUAGUAUGGGAAUUGCCGGAAAUGCCGGACUUAAAGAUCAGUUGCUGGCAUUCAAAUGGGUUCAUGAGAACAUCGAGCAAUUCGGCGGUGACUCGAAAAAUGUCACAAUCUUCGGCGAAAGUGCUGGCAGUUGGUCGACGUUCUUGCAUUAUCUUUCGCAAAAUUCAAGAAAGUACUUCAACCGGGCGAUCUGCCAGAGUGGUGUUGUCUGCACGGAGUCAUUUUUUCAAGUUGAUCCAGCAGGCAAAGCACGUAAGCUAGCGAAGGCACUCGGCUACCAAGGAAACUGCGAUGUUGGUGUUUAUGAAACACUUAUGAAAGCUCCGGCUCGUCUAAUCGUGAAAUACCAAGAGCAGGUGGCCACCGAAGAAGAGAAAGAACUCGCAAUGAAUUACCUUUUCCGACCGGUCAUCGAGGAAUCACAAACGGAGGACAGCAUCAUCACCAGCGCUCCAGAGAAGAUUCUGAAAGAUUUUGACACUAUCAAAACUACCAUCAUCACUGGAUGCAACAGCAGCGAAGGCACAUUGGCACUUUAUUGCAUGAAUCAAAAAAAUCAGAAAAACGCUUUCGAUAAGGAACCACAAAGAUUGGUGCCUUGCUUUCUCAAAGAAAAUCCAGCGAUAAACUGCAUGGAGGUGGGACAAGAGAUUAAACAAUUUUAUCUUGGCGCUGAAAAAUUUACUCGCCACACUAGAAAGCAGAUGUGCGAUCUAAUGUCGGAUGUAACAUUUAUUACCACGACCAUGAUCAGCGCCGAGUGGUUGGCUAAAUAUCAGCCCAAUGUCCGACACUACCACUACCGAUUCUCGUAUCAUGGGCGGUUUAGUCUGUACAAAGGAUUCUUUAAUCUGGACGAUGUGGAUGGAGCCAGUCACGGAGAUGAUACGUUUUACGUGUUUGACUCACCUCUUCUGCCUUCACUUCCAACUGAAAGCAACGAGUGGAAGGUUCGAUCGAAUCUAGUCAAGCUAUGGACUAACUUUGCAAAGUAUGAUAAUCCAACUCCAGUAGCCAACAGUGACGACCCGUUACCAGUCCAGUGGCCACCUGUACAGAGAUUGCCAGGCAACUCAGACCAAUUUCAUUUGGAUUGCCUCGAAAUUGGAGCGGACGUUUGCAUUAUUCAAAAUCCUGACAGGAACCGGAUUGAAUUUUGGAGAGAUAUGCUCGACAGACACAGAAGUGGAUUUUUAUAAUACAAAAACUUAUGAUA